AUUAGGUUUUGUACCUUUAGACAUUUUUGCGUGUAAUUUACAGAUGAAAACAUAAAGAGUGGACUGUCGUUUUAUUUCAAUACUUUCCUUCACAAUGUCUACUCCUAAGGAGCAAGAAAGGGAGGAACCACUUAAAUAUCAGGUCCCAAUUAUCUAUUGCAGGAUCUGUUUCUUGGAAGUGGAUUAGCAGUAUGUGGAAAUGUUCUCAUAAGCAUUUCUCUUAACGUGCAGAAAUAUACUCACAUGAAGAAUGCACAGAAAGAAGAAUUUCGCCACUACACAAAAGACCCACUAUGGUGGUUUGGGCUGUUUUUGAUGGGGUUGGGGGAGAUUGGAAACUUCACAGCUUAUGGCUUUGCUCCUGCUUCCCUUGUGGCUCCUCUUGGCACAACAACUGUUGUUGCUAACUUGUUCUUAGCAGCCAUCUUCUUAAAGGAAAAAAUUCGACCAGAAAAUCUGUUUGGCUGUGCAUUAGCAAUUAUUGGAGCUUUUCUGAUUGUCACCUUCUCAUCUCAGCAUGAAAUUGUGAUGAGUGCCAGAGAAGUGAUGGAUGCACUGAACCAAGUACCCUUUAUUGUCUAUGUGUGCAUUGAAGUGGGUGCUCUUGGAUUGCUCUUCUUCCUCUUAUAUGGACUGAAACUAAAGCAUGUUGUCAUACUCUUGCUUAUCACUUCCAUAGCAGCCUCCUUUACUGUGAUAUCAGCCAAAGCCCUGUCUGGCAUGGUACAGAUCUCCUUUGGAGGUUUUUCGCAGUUUAGACAUCCUGUUGUGUAUGCCAUGCUGGUAAUGAUGGUAGGCACCGCCAUUCUGCAGAUCAAGUAUCUUAACCAGGCCAUGAAGAACUUUGCUUCCACAGUCGUAGUUCCUACCAACUUUGUCUUCUUCACCAUUAGCGCCAUUGUAGCAGGAGUUGUCUUCUACAAAGAAUUUCAUGGAAUGACUAGCAUGGACCUGGGCAUGUUUAUAUUUGGAUGUAUCCUGUCCUUCGUGGCUGUAUAUUUCAUCACAUCCAGUGGUUUAUUUGGCAGCACCAAGCAACAGGAAGGCACUCAACAACACCUGACAGCAGAUUUAAUCCCUUCCUGGAUGUUGGCCAAUGUCCAUGUGGGACAUGUGCAGCCCAAGGGACACAUAGAGCACCUAGUUGAGACUGCACCAGACACCUCUGAUCAAACACCAAUCCUUGCAGCGGCCCAGGCCAGUCCAGGGCAGCUUGCAGAUUCUCCAGAUGUAGAGGUUACUGUGGGACUGACCAGUCAAGUUUCGCCCAAUGCAGUCUCUGCUGCAGUUGAUAUCCCUGUUCAGCAGAAAUCGUAUGGCACCACAAAAUGAACUAGGUCUUCCAUUGGUUUGAUGCUUUGAAACCUCAGUCUGCUAGAAAAGACCAAAGUGAAGCCCAAGGUACAGAGGGUUUAUCAUAUGUAACAAGAUUUAAAAAAAAAAAUUAAUCAUUAAAGAGCGUACCAAUUUCUACUUUUAAACAACCAAUGUUACAUUAGAGCUUUAAAAGAAAGAUUAUAAAAUUGAUUUAAAUUAGAUGAUAUGAAGAAUCUGAUUUUUUUAUUACCUGAUUGUAGCUCAAAUGUUUUUCUUCGUUUUCAAUCAUGAUGGAUAACAAAUAUCUAAAGUUAUAUUUUUGAAAAGUCAGACACAGGACAGUCAAUAUUUGAUACUUGAAUUAUCCAUCUCUAACAAAAAAAUGCACUUGUUGGUACAAAGCACACAGAUAUGAGUGACCAUGAUAAAGGAAAAACUAUUACCUUAAGUAAAAUUUCAUUCGGAUGAUCAUUUAGAUCUAGGUCCUGCAUCUUGAAUUUGAGUAAGCAGCCACAAAGUAUUGCAGGAAAGUGCGUGCGUAGUCAAAGGGAAGUAAGCUCUUUUAACAAAAAAGUUUUUUCUUUUUGAAAUUUACGGCUACUUCCCUUAUUGCACACCCUAUUUGUUUUGGAUCAAUGUUAAUGACAUUCAGUGGAACAAACCAACCAGAUUUGAGUUUAAAAAAUUGUUUUGUUCUCCAUAGGACAUUGAUUUUAAGUUUCAUCACUUUUGAUACCUUAUGUUGUAUGUGAUUUUAUUGUUCUGACAGAAUAUUUGUUAACAGUUAUAUAGAUUGUACUUGUGUAAAGUGACAUUUUUACAUCAGCAUAUUUGCAUUUAUAUUAUGUAUCAUUUGUAUACUUGAAGUCUAUCGCAUCCUUAAUGUUUGUAUACGUGUCUUUUUUGGAAGCAACCAUCUUUUAUUACUUUUGACAUAGAUACCAAACCCUGGCCAAAGAUAUUUAUAAACAUGUAUAGUUAAUUUAAAUCUAAUAUCUUCAUAGCUGUGAAAUGUCACAUCUUAGGAAGCAUAAUUUAGUCUGCUGAUAAUUAUGUCAAACUAUUUCACUGUGCUAAACCCCCAAGUAACAAGGCGGUCCGGUGGCGUAACGGUUAACGCCUGUCACCAAUACACUGAAGGUUGGCUGUUCUGGGUUCAGCUAUCGUCUCAGGCAUGCUGUUCUUUCUCUGCAAGUGACAUCUAUUUACAACUUGCCGUGAUAGUUGCUGGCUCGGCGUAAAACACCAAUUUCCCCCCCCCCCUACCCAAGUAACAAAAUCCUUGAGGGGCAUCUGGAUUUGGUAAUGAUUUGACAGUAAUAUAUAAAUGUUCAUUUGUGAGUUUGCAGUGUUGUAUUCUGACAGAUCACUUUGCAGGUUCAAACAUACAAAUGUGAUUUUUAAACCAUUAACUGCCAGAUCUCGAAAUCAUGGAUGUUCGUCUUAUCAAACAAUUUUUUUCCCAAGAUUUUUUGUUGUUGCUUGAAGCAGACCAUGAUACAAUUUUUUAAUGGUGCAAUAUGUACAAAACAAUUUACAGAAAGCUGAAUGUCUUUGUUCUAGUCAUUUGUAUGGUGCAUCAUUCUUCAUAUUGUCAGCUUGCAUUUCACUCUUAACCAAAUCAGUGCAUUGAAGUUUUUAAAAAAAAAAAAUGUAAGCUAUAUGGUAUAUUGAAUGUAUAAAAAAAGAGAAAUGCAUUCAGCUUCCUCGAGAAGGUCCUGAGUAAAUUACAGUCGUGAUGUGUUGUCCUAUAUUCUUAAAGAGGGAACCAGUAACAUGUUAAAAGAUUUUGGACCCACCCCACAAAAAAAAAAAAUCCUCCAUAUAUAGAUAUUUAGUCCAAAACCUUUGAUUACUUACUGGAUGACCAAGAAAUUCUUUACAGUAAAUUUAUCUUAAGUGGAUUUGCAUCUUUACCAUUUGUCAUGAUCUCCAGCAAGCUGUGCCAGUAUUGUCUUUCAUUUAGGUUGAUCACUUUUUAUACAGGCAUUGUGAUAAUAGAUCUGCUAUUCUGAUUGUUGUGACUUUUUUAAAACCAAGAGCUGUUUUUUUAUUUACAACUGCUGGGUUGUUGUCUGUGGUGUUUUCAAACUCUAUAAUUAAAAAGGAAAAAAAA